AUGAGCUCGAAAUUGGCUCUCUGCCUGUUGCUAGCACUUUGCUGCGUCUUGGCUGUGGCCAAGGAUGUUCAGCAGGACAGCAUUGAGGAUCAGGAUACGUAUACAGAAGAUGAUUAUCUGAACGAUUCGAGCAGUGAAGCCGAACAGGAACUUAACUCCAUUGAUGCGACACGUCAGAGUCAAAAGCGGAUUUUGAUAUAUCCCUUCUAUCCAAGUUAUCCCAGCAGUCCCAGUUAUCCCAGCUACCCCAGCCACCCCAGCUACCCCAGCUAUCCACAUUACCCGGACUGGCCCCAUGGCUAUCCCAGCUAUCCGCACCAUCCAAGACCACCGCCAAGACCGGAAGAUCCCGAAGAACCCCAAGAACCAGUGCCACCACCGCCGCCACCACCACCACCACCGCAUCCGCAUCCUGGUCAUCCACAACAUCCUGACCACCCAGGUCAUCCUGGUCAUCCAGGUCCACAUCCUGGCCACCCAGCCCGGACGUCCUACGCCCAGGCCCACCAGACGCCCAACUAG